GAUUGGGACAGGAGAAGCUUGAUGUGCUCGAGAAACAUGGGAGUGACCCUCCGACUGGGUCUUCGGAGCAAGACGCUGAGCAACCUGAAGCAGUGUGGGUGGCGCGCACCCUUCGAAUACAAACUUAAAACUUGUUCGAAAUCCAAGCAGCCGAGCCCGAGCAAGUGGCCGACAGGAAUAACCCAACAAGAGAACGACCGUACUGGUACCGGUAUGUCCAACGGUAAGUCCCGACUGGUGUCCGUAGAGCAUGGUUUCUUAAUCUUCUGUGGGGAUUGCACAAAACUUCAAAACACAACGCAGUUUCUACUCUGUUUUUUUCAGUCCCGUUUCUUAUUCGGGACUAGCAGCCUUGCUGUUUUAUAUCUUUGGCAUCACCAUUGCAAGCAAAGAGCGUCACAGGUCACAGCAUCACCUCCAAUGUUUCCUAGUCUAGCUCAAUUGAUGGAUCCAUUCUGCCGCUAUUUUCAGCUUUGGCACUGCAGAGACACCAAGAGAGGCUCUCUCGUGUUGACCAUUGGAGCCGAGGGGAGGAAAGGAGCUCCUGGUCGUGUCAGUCCCGUCCCUGACGAGCAUCGACCGAGACCAAGAUGCGGCCCAUCGGAGCUUAUCAAGAUGGCAUCGAAACUCCUCCAGCAACCGUUAAAGGUUUCUUGAUGUCUUUCGAUGGCAUUGUUGGAGCGCAUCGUUCUCCUGAAGCUCAUAAAUUUGAGGAAGCAAUCUUUGUCACCGCAUAUCAUACAACGUCAUUCAUCACACCGUACGUUCAUUUGUUACGCACACACACGUUACGUUGACAAUGGCAACAACACCUACCGCACAGACAGAGGACGCGCCGCUCGCCAUGGUGGAUCAUCAUCAUCUUGACACAGACUCUGUUGUCAGCCAGAUCAGUGACCCUCUCAGUCGCUCGAGCUCACGAUACUACGGCGAAGGCGAUACCGUAGCGACAGAAGACAUGACGAAAUCGUCGGAAGAAGAUGACGGGCAUCCGUCGGUCAUUGUCAAGAAGAUUGUGAACACAGGUGAAUGGUUUACAGCUCGCAAGCAAAGGCGAUUGAACCUAGAUGAAUGGUUUGAAGAUGAAAAGCAAAACCGAUACGAGGAGUGUCUAGUCAGCGUAGAAUCUCGCAAGCGAAAGCGAGACUGGGAGUAUCUAUGCGAUUCCGAAUUGGACGAUGAGGAGGUACCUGUAGGCACUGAAGCUCUCGUGCAGGUGGAGAUGACAAUUGUCGGGGAAAGAACGUUCAAGCGAAGGGCUCGCAACUGGGUUGUGGCCAGUGCACUCCCUGACGACCUAGACAAUUGGACUGACAGCGACGAACACAACUUUGCUAUGGAAGUGGAACGGUUCAAAGUGGAGGAAAUCGUAUGGCGAAAAAAGCAGCACAUGAAGCGUCAUGAAGCCUGGUAUGAUGAAAAGUUUGAGGAAUUCGAUCGGCGUUUAGAAGAAGAGGACGAGGAAGAAGAAAAAUCCACCAAAACUUCUGAAUCAAACCUCCAAUCUCCCAAAAUAUCAGAUAUCAAGGACCCACUCCUCGUGGAUUUCUACUUGUACGACGGCAUUGAAAGCGUAAUUUCAAGUGAAUCCGCUGUGGAAUGCUCCAAAAAAAUGUAUGAAGACAUUGACCGCAACAUGGAGGAGAGGGGAAGGCGUGAAAACUGGAGUGUUUUUCAGACUAUGAUAGCUAUUGGGAAAGCCCAGGCCGCCUUCCGAAGGAUGGAAGAAAAGAUGUCAAUUGCAAGACAGGCCAGAUCCAAUCUAUCAGGGCAGAAACGUUGGCAACAGUCCUUUGGGGAGACAGAAAGGGAAAUUGGCUGGUGGAGUCGAAGCGAAUUGUAGCCAAAGUACUAUCGAGAAUGAAUGAAUAGUCUCUGGUACCAACCCACCUACUAGCCAGUAGGCUGUCUUAUCCUCGAGGUGAGCAACAAACACCGUUUCGAAACAAAAUAGGAGAAUAAUGAAUAUAAUUUGGAAUCUCUAAUAAAUAAAACAAACAAACACUGAAUCCUUUAGUAUCUG